GAGGCGGGGGCGGCGGCCGGUGACAAUAAACAUGGAGUCGAUCUUCCACGAGCGGCAAGAAGGCUCAUUGUGUGCUCAGCACUGUCUGAAUAAUUUGCUACAAGGGGAAUAUUUUAGUCCUGUUGAGUUAUCCUCUAUUGCACAACAGUUGGAUGAGGAAGAAAGAAUGAGAAUGGCUGAGGGAGGAGUGUCUAGUGAAGAAUACAGAACGUUUUUACAGCAGCCUUCUGUAAAUAUGGAUGAUAGUGGAUUCUUCUCAAUUCAAGUUAUAAGCAAUGCCUUGAAAGUUUGGGGUUUAGAACUAAUCCUCUUCAACAGCCCAGAGUAUCAGAGGCUUGGGAUCGACCCUAUAAAUGAAAAAUCAUUUAUUUGUAAUUAUAAGGAACACUGGUUUACAGUUCGAAAGUUAGGAAAACAGUGGUUUAACUUGAACUCUCUCUUGAUGGGUCCAGAACUAAUAUCAGAUACAUAUCUUGCACUUUUCUUGGCUCAAUUACAACAGGAAGGUUAUUCCAUAUUUGUAGUAAAAGGUGACCUGCCAGACUGUGAGGCUGAUCAGCUAUUGCAGAUGAUUCGGGUACAGCAGAUGCAGCGACCAAAACUAAUUGGAGAGGAGACAGCACAGCUAAGAGAUCAGAGGCUACCCAGAAGUGAUGUGGACCAAGCAGUAGAAGUUAACCAUCCUUUUGAUGGGACAGGCAUGUUAGAUGAAGAUGAAGAGAAUUUUCAGAGAGCCCUGGCUCUAAGUAGGCAAGAAGUUGAUAUGGAAGAUGAAGAAGCCGAUCUUCGCAGAGCCAUUCAACUCAGCAUGCAAGGUAGUCGUCAAAGUGAGUUCUUGGACUCAUUACCACAGAAUGUUCCUCAGUCGCCUCACACCAGUCAGACAGAGUCUCUUUCUUCAGAAGAACUGCGAAGGAGAAGACAAGCAUAUUUUGAAAAGCAGCAACAGGAGCUACAGCAGCAAGAUCAGACCUUGAACCUACAUGACAAGCCAGCUCUAAGCUCAGGCACUUCAGAAGCUGACCCAGGUGGUGAUAUGAGUGAAGAAGACAUGCUUCAAGCAGCCAUGAAUAUGUCUUUGGAAUCAGUUAGAAACCACUUGAAUAAAGAAGAGGAGAAAUGACAACUUUUUUUCCCCCUUUUAUUGUCAAAAUACUAAGUCUUCAUUAUAAUUUUACUGUGUGGAUGUUGCACAAACAGGGUUCAUUUCAGAGUUCUGGAAGCAGGAAUGAAAGGCGGGCUGGAGGUCAGAGUUUAGAGGAAAUCUGCAAACAGAAAAUAAUUUUGCACUAAUUUAGAAAACUGUAGCACUUCUACUACAGAACAUCUGUUCACCACAGAGGCUGUAUUAAAAUUACUUCAGCUAUUCACAUUUACAGCUGCUACAUGUGUCUAACUUUGUUACUUGCAUUUAAAAAGCAAGUUUGAAUUGUUUUGAAGAAUUCUACAGAGAGUACACAAAAGGUGCCAACUGAUUUCCUUCAGUACUAGUGGAAAAAGAGAUACGAGUAAUAAGUUGUGCUUGUAACUUACGAAGAUCUCUAUAAGAAAUUACUUAAAAUGGGAAAAAUAAUUAAAUUCUGUUUAUGUUAGAUAAUUUAUUUAGGGAUUGUAUAUUCUGAAUGACUUAAUGUCAACUUUUUGAUCCUGCUGUCCACUUUUGAAAUGACCCAUUCUGCAGGAGAAAGAUGAAUCUAUAAAUUUCAUACUUUGCAAUUAAAAUCUUCAGUGCAUUGUUAAUCAUGACAUUACUCCUGAACCUCUAGUGACUUUUGACCUUCCAACACUCUCUGGUUUUACUUUUGGUUCCAACUGUAACAUUUUUAGAUCCAUGUUUAAAGUAGGAUUUUUGCAUUGCCCUAUUGUCUUUCAGCAGAUAACUUUCCUUUUUUUGUUUGUAUUUUUUUCUUAGUUUGUUUUUGUUUUAUUAUGUUCUUCCCAGUUAUGUCACUGUAUUUACUAUAAAAAUAGCAUAUAAUCAGUUGGGUUAAACCAGUAUUCUUUUCUACCUCUUCUGGAGUCUUUUUUUUCCUCUUCAAGCUCAACCCUUCAUUCUGACCUUUCACUAUGAAAGAGCUGGAACUGAGUCUAAGAGGAAGGAUGAGGGGAUUUAGGUGCCAUAAAGUCAGUGCCACAUACAUAAGGUGCAUUCCUGCAGUCUGAAAUGACCCCUGUGCAAGUAGUUAUUUUAAGAAUGAAUAUUUAUGUUGGUGUGGAUGUUCUUUCUGAAAUGCUUUUUAUGAGUGUCUGUCAGAAUGUUGCAGCUUUUUCAGGAAUGGCCUUUAUUCAUGCACCUUACGAUUUUUAUCAUGCUAUUUCUGAUCCUGAGAAAAAUUGGGGAGCAUAGUAUGUGAGAGAGCUUCUUGUAUUGGUUGUAAGACAUUUGCUUUCAUACCCAGGAUGAAUGUGUAACAGGAUGACCAAACCUGACUUUCAACUUCAAUUGAGAUAUGUUUCAUAUUCCUAAAUGGUGCUUGAAAUACGAAUUCUGUUUACAUAUACAUAGUAUGAAAAUAUGUUGGAGAUAGAAUAUGUAAGCUUUAGUCCAUUUAAUGCAUUAACAGUUAGCACAAGCAUUCUAAGAAUCUUUUGAAGAUAACCCUAAAUUUAUCAAAAUACUCCAAAGUUGUAUUAUUGCACAAUAGUAACAUCAGUUCAAAUUAGUGUGAAAUUAAUGGUAGCUAGAUGGAAAUCUACACUCAGCAUCAAGUGGUACUGUAUGUGAAAGGGCUCUUAACUCUCAGUAAAGAUUUGUUUACAGUAGUGGUUUCUUGAUAGCUUAGGAUAUUAUUAUAUUAUACAUAAUUGUGCUAAAAUCUCUUUUCCUUACCUGUGCACUGAAUUUCCACCAACGUCACCAGAACCACUAGUAUGUGUAAGACUACAUGGAUUUUGACUGAUGCAGCACUACCUUUUAAAAAGUGAUGUAAAAUUUUCUCUUUUUAAAAUUACCCUGUCAUGCACAUUGUAAUUAGUAUCUGUAACAUCUCUAAUUAGUACAGCUAAACAAUGGCUUUAAAAGUCCGUGUGUGCAUAUGCCAUUUUGAAAUGCUAUUAUUUUCCAGGGUAUGAAUGUCUGUUUUCAGUUUAAAAGGAUAUAUGAAACUGAAAACAUGUCAAGCACUGAAUCAUUUCGUUGCUUAACUGUAAAUUCUCCACAGCUUUAAUUUCCCUUCUUUUGUUGUGCCAUAAACUGAUUCUAAAAUAAGACUCUCCUUUUUGCUAAUAGGUGUAGGCUAGCAAUUUGAUACCAGUACUUGGAUCUUUUAGCCUCUAUUGUAAGAAUAAAAUAAAAAUAUAUUAUUUCUAUACCUAUAUAGUGUAGCAGCCCUAUAUUAAAAAAACAAAACAACAGAACAAACCAAAACAGCCCCUUGAAUUAACUGUAACCCAUGACGAUUACAUGUUUUUAUAAUCACAAAAGCAUGGAGGUUUCCAUUUGAACUUUCAAAUAACUCUAAGUUACUUCAUCAUGCAGGUGUUUUAAUAUGUAAGGAAUAUAAAGAAAUAGUGCCUGAAAAGCACAACAGUGUCCCAUCAUUACAGGGCUCACUAUUCCUUUCUGUGUAGAAACGCUGUCACUCUACCAGUACCACUAGGAUUUUCAGAGGAAUGUCAAGGUUAAUGAGGCAGGUGUAUCUGCCUAGUCAAGCAGUUAAGAGGUACCAGUUUAAGCUAUGUAUGUGCAUUGCAUCAAAGGAAAUGACUUAAUAGUAAUUGCUGACAUGUACAUAUUUUAUAACCCAGGCCUAAAGUUCAAAAUGUGUGGACCUGCCAAGAAGCUGUCAAUAAAAAGCCAAUCACCUUUUUUAGUGUGCAUUUUUCCAGUGAUAAUCAGUUAUCAACGUGGUUGAACUAUGCUCAUAAGUGUUUACUAAUUUAUAGCCUAUUCCUAGUGUUAUCUGUUCUGUCAAGCUGAAGGGUUUUUUUUUCCCCGUGUUGCAGCUUUAGGCCAAAGUCCAUUGUAAAGGACCAGGAUUUUUUUUUAAGUACAGUAUGAUGUUUGAGGGAAUAUCAGAUUUCAUUCAUCCAUCAGAUUUUUACUGUCUUCCUUACGGUGAAUAGUCCAUGUGACACAAUUUAUGGUUUUCUGCCUAUUGAAGUCAAAGUGGUAGGGGUAGUGAGUGAUACAGUAAAUAUCUUCCACAAUUAGUUCUGUAAGUGUAAUUCUGUAAACUGCUUUCAUGGUUUUGUAGUGAGAGUAGGAGGAAAAAUGCAGUCAUGCUUGAAUGCAAUUCUUCUUGGGCACAGCAGAUAUUAAUAUGAGCUAUUUAAAUGCUGCCAUUUUUCUGAACUUUAAACUAAAGUGAUACAAAUCUGGCUUACCCUGCCAAGUUUUGGCUCCCUGUGCGCCUCAAACAACUUUGGAAACUUUAAAUGUAAUUUUCAGCUAAGGUACUUUUUCAUACUUACUUAGUUACUUCAUACUACUUAAAAAUAACCAAUAUGAAGUUAAAUCUCCAGUGUGUUUUAAUGUUGGACUAUUGCUUCUAUUACAAAUCUAUACAAUGGUGUGGAGUUUCAGAUAGCUUCUGCAAAUGUCUAGCAAAAGUUCUGUUUCUGAAUUCAGACAAACGUCACUUGCAAGCAGCUUUGUUUUAUUACAAAACUGACAGGCUUUUAAAAAAUCAUGUCUUACAGUUCUAAAAUGUCUAAAUUUUUCUAGAAUUCAGCUGUUUCAAACAUAAUGAUGAAAACGUAAAUGGUGGCCUUUUUACUGAGAAAAAUAAUGGGGAAUGGGAUUAGAGAACUCUGGAAUUCAGACGUACAAACAAUAUUGUACAGUUCAUCUUAGCAGCACAUAAUUUUAAAGGAAAAGCAUCCAAGGAAAAUUCUAUGAUUCUAUGAAAAGAAAAACUCAAUUGGAGACUUUUUUAAGGGCUUAGGUAUAAAAUUAUGUUGCUCACUUGGGAAGCCAUUAAUGUAUUGCAUAAAGCAUAGAGAUCCUGGGAAAUCUUUCUAGUUACUCACAAAUCAUUUUUAAAAAUGGGAGGGGCAAUCUUAACAGGUGAUGUACAUGGACACCCAUUCCCCACAUACAUGUAAUAAGUUGUUCCAGUAAGAAUAAAACUUCAUAUUAAUAUGUUUGAACUGGCCAAAUUCAAAUACUCAGUUCUUCAGUUUAAAAUUAGCAGCUUGUUUGUAUUGUAUCCAGGUUUGCAUCUCAGAAGCAUGAGCUGUUUUGCAAUAACUUUUUAACCUGUACACACAUAUUUUGCCUUAUUUGCAGUUCAGACAUGGAGGGAAUGCUUGAAUAUUUAACCUGCCAUAGCCACCUCCUUCCCCAGUUGCAGUUCUCCAGAAUGUUAAAGUACAUGGGACUUUUCAUGUGACUGCUUUUACCAAAUCAAAAUGUUUUUACUUUAUUGUCUUUGUUAAGAAAAGCAAAUAAUUGUUGUCACACUUUGUUUUUUUAACUCAUCCCCAUAUAACCCCUGUGUGAAUUCAGGAGAAAAUAUAUAAAAGGGUUUGAGCAGAGAGGGAUGUAGUAUUUAAAUGCCACUGUGCAAAAAAAAAAAAAAAAAAAGAGAAAAACCUUGAUACUGUUCUUAAAGCAUGCAAGCAUAUUUUAUUUUUUGCUAUAUGAAAUCCCAUGUGUACAAAACUGUGGAGUUAGGAUUUUAGAAGGGAAUUUUUUUCAUCUGCCUAAUAGUUGUGCAUUUUAGAAAUAAUUUUCAGAUUUUUCUUCUGAGACUGCUUUCAGUGUCAUGUUUUUGGCUCUGGAUUCCUAUAUAAUUUUUGUCUCUAGUGUAUGUAAGGCAUAUAAUACUAAAAAUGACUUUAAAAAAAAAAAGGAAAGCUGAAAUGCUUUGUCUUUGUUGUCACUGGAAAAUGGCAGUGCUGUUUGAUAUUUUGAAAAUGCUAUUCAAAUAGGCACGAAUAUAUAUGGUUGUAUUUGAUAUCACUUUUUUAAAUAAAUAUGAUUAUAGCUUCUAA